GGUGAUGAAACUUCUUACUGGGGUGUGUGAGGUCUGAGACACCCUCAGGGAGGAAGGGGAGGGAGCUGCUCUCUGCCAGGGGGUAGGACUGCUUGCUGCUGCCUUGAGCUGGGAUUUCCGUGCAUUGCUGAAUAGAUACUGUCUGUAAAUAAAUGAGUUAGCCUUUUUCCUCUAAUGGAAGAGGUGACUUUGCAUUUUUUAUUGAACUAUUCCACCUCUAUGCAGUACGUACUGCCCAUGACUGAAAACCAUCAGGGCAAUAAAGAAGGCAAGUGGGCUGAGAUCAGAGCUAAUGCAUACAAGGAGGAGGUGGGGAUAAGGGAGGCUGUUCUGCAGGAUCUGUCAUGACGAUUACUUGUUAGAGGGAGGAGAGAAGGAAACACAGAAGAGACAGGACUGUGUGAGAAACAGGAUCCUGCAGGCACAACUGUGCACAUUUUCCUGUACCAUGUGCCUGUAACAAUCUGGGGAAACCUUCACAACUGCUGUCAUUUAUUGCCAUUGUCUGUGCCUUUACCAUCCUCUAUAUAUGGAACAGCUCAUUUCUGUUUUAUAAAGUCCUUGCCUGGACUAAAGCAAUCAAAUCUUCAUAUCCAGGAGUGCAGUUCCUCUGACAAUCCACAAAGGGGCAUCUUUGUACCCCAUGGGAAGCAGCAUUAUUAUUUUGCAUUUCUUUUCAUGUGUCAGUAUUUGGGUCCUUAUUUAUAGUGUCUUAUACUAAGGUUUUAGAAGGAGUCAUGGAAAGGCGAAGUUCAGCAGACCAAUGUCAUCCUCUUUUGGAGGAACAAUCACUGCCAGACAAGUUGGUGAAGGGGGAGAAGGCGUUUCGUCUUUGGUAUGUUGGCUGGUCAUCAUUGGACCGCAGAACCACCUUACCAAUGCUUCCUUGGCUUGUGGCGGAGAUUCGUAGGCGAGCUGAGAGGCAAGAGCCCGCUGGGCUUGUGGUACCUUGCAGAGAGGUGCAGCUACUGUUAGUCGCCUCUCACCUGCGCUGUGUACCUGUAUCAAAUGGGUCAAGUGCCAACACAGCUGUCUUCAUCUUUGAACACAAAGCACAACAUAUUUCUCGCUUCAUCCACAACAGCCAGGAUCUGUCUUAUUUUGCCUACUUGAUCAAAACUCAACCAGACAAUCCUGAAUCUGAGAUGGCCUGUCAUGUCUUUAAAGCUACUGACCCCAGCCAGGUUUCGGAUGUCAUCAGUAGCAUUCGACAAGUUUCCAAAGUUGCCCUGAAAGAAGAUUCCAAGUCCAGCAGAGACAAUGAAGAUGCCUUUUAUAACUCACAAAAAUAUGAAGUGUUAUACUGUGGAAAGGUUGUAAUAGCCCAUAAAAAACCUCCAUUAACACUUAUUGAUGACUGUAUUGAGAAAUUUAGCCAACACGAACGGCAACGCUUGAAGCUGUUGAGUCAACAGCGCAGUUUGGAUUGCAGUACAGAAGUCACCUUGGUUGAGGUGGAUGUUCCAAUUUCUCCAUCUGAUGACCAACUACAGGAGCAAGAUGACGACAAUGAUGCAGUUGCUCCCUCUAGAGGCAGUUCAGGGAUAUUUACUGUUGGUAGCCAAAGUAAUCUAAGCAGUUGUCGAGUAUCGUUUCCUGAAAGCAUUUUAGAAGACUCUGGCUUUGAGGAUCAGCAAGAAUUUAGAGCUCGGUGCAGCAGUGUUACCAUUCAGAAGAGGGCACAUGAAGGUAAAAUACAGCCACGAAGGAGGCACGCAAGUGCACCUAGCUUUGUACAACCCUCCGACUCUGAAAAGAACCGAACAAUGCUCUUUCAGGUUGGAAGGUUUGAAAUUAAUCUCAUUAGUCCUGAUACCAAAACUGUUGUUCUUGAAAAGAACUUUAAAGAUAUCUCAUCAUGUUCUCAGGGUAUUAAUUAUACUGAUCAUUUUGGUUUCAUCUGCCGUGAUUGUGUGGAGCCUGGCAUAAAUCAGUAUUUGUGCUACGUGUUCCAGUGCGCCACUGAAGCGUUGGUGGAUGAGGUGAUGUUGACUUUCAAACAAGCGUUUAGCACGGCUGCCGCUAUGCAGAAUGCCAAGACUCAGGUCAAGCUGUGCGAGGCGUGUCCUAUGCAUGCAUUACAUAAACUGUGUGAAAGAAUUGAAGGGCUUUAUCCUCCAAGAGCAAAAUUGAUAAUACAGAGACAACUAUCUUUGUUAUCGGAUAACGAGCAAGCAGAUAUAUUUGAACGAGUUCAGAAAAUGAAGGCUACCAGUGAUCAGGAAGAGAACGAGCUUGUUAUCCUUCAUCUGAGACAGCUAUGUGAAGCCAAGCAGAAGACUCAUGUUCAUAUAGGAGAGACACAGCUGGCUGCGGCGACUGGCACCACAGAAAACUGCGCACCCAGCGGCAGAUUCAAACUUGAUAUUUUUAGAACAAAGCCAAGAAAUCUUCUCACCAGCUCCUUAGAAAAUAUAUUUUCAAGGGGAGCUAACAGAAUGAGGGGACGACUCGGCAGUGUGGACAGCUUUGAACGCUGCAACAGUUUUGCAUCUGACAAGGACGGAUCACCAGGUGGCUCCCCACCUGCCACUCCACCCUCAUCCCCUGUGUCAUCUUCCUGCCAGUCAUUUCCAGAGGAAGAUCCUGACUCCCCUCAGCUUCGCAGACGAGCUCACACUUUUAGCCAUCCACCGUCCAGUGCUAAGAGGAGGAUAACAUUCCCUGACACCAAGUUACCGAGCACUAGGUCUCCUCUUCAGAGGCAGAACUCUCUGGCGAGUGAUGUGGUACAAACCAGCCCUGUUCCCAUUCCCCGACGUAUGCGGACUGAGAGCGAACCUUCAAUCUCCAGUCUCCCCUCAUCCUUCACUGCCCCCUCUUUUCUGAAACAUUUUUACCAGAGUUCAGGCAGACAGCCCUCACAAUGUGAGAGUGAAACCCCCAAGAGUGAGUGCAAUGGAAGACGGAGAACUUUAUCUACGUGCAGUAAUGACUCCCUGAAUGCUAGUGCAGCACCUACCACACAUCGCAGAAUAUCGUGGAGGCAACGGAUCUUCCUCAGGGUAGCUUCACCAAUGACCAAAUUCCCCUCAGAUAUGCAGCAGAAAGAGCAAUUAGAUGGGAAUGAAUUGCUGCCGUUAUCGCCUCUUCCUCCCGCCAUGGAGGAGGAUCCGUUAGAGAGUCUUCUUCAUGAGGAAAAUCUUCCUCUUAACGAGGAUGGGAAGAAAAAUUCUGAGGACCUGCAGAGGUUGUGGAGAAAAGCAAUUCAUCAGCAAAUCUUACUACUGAGGAUGGAAAAGGAGAAUCAGAAGCUGGAGGCAAGCCGAGAUGAGCUUCAGUCAAGGAAAGAGAAAUUGGACUAUACUGAAGUUGGUUUAUGUUCAAAUGAAGUUUCAAAUCUUUGGGAUAAAAAGUUAAAUUGUAGAACCAAAAUUCGCUUUGACUUGGAGGAAAUCUACGCCGCUCUUAAAGAAGGCGUAGCAAAAGGCAAGAGGGGUGAGGUCUGGCAGUUCCUGUCUGUGCAAUACCGUCUAAGGCACAGACUUUCAAAUAAGCAGCAACCGUCAGAUGUGUCGUAUAACGAACUUUUGAAGCAACUUACAGCGCAACAACAUGCCAUUCUUGUUGAUCUAGGUAGGACCUUCCCAACUCAUCGUUACUUCUCAGCACAGCUGGGAGCGGGACAGUUAUCCCUGUAUAAUCUCCUCAAAGCGUAUUCUUUGUUAGACCAGGAAGUCGGUUAUUGCCAGGGAAUUAGCUUUGUAGCUGGGAUACUUCUCUUACACAUGAGUGAGCAACAAGCCUUUGAAAUGCUGAAGUUUCUCAUGUAUGACCUUGGGUUCCGUAAGCAGUACAGGCCAGAUAUGAUGUCAUUACAGAUUCAGAUGUACCAGCUAUCCCGGCUUCUACAUGACUACCACCGCGAUCUUUAUAACCACCUUGAAGAAAAUGAAAUCACUCCAAGCCUCUAUGCUGCACCCUGGUUUCUAACACUUUUUGCUUCUCAGUUUCCACUUGGAUUUGUUGCCAGAGUUUUUGAUAUCAUUUUUUUACAAGGAAUUGAAGUUAUCUUCAAAGUGGCCCUUUGUCUUCUAAGUAACAAUGAAGCAAGUAUUAUGGCCUGUGAUAGUUUUGAAAGCAUAGUGGAUUUCUUGAAGACCACUAUACCCGAUAUGACACUACAUACUAUGGAAACCAUGAUUACCCAGGUAUUUGAGAUGGAUAUUUCCAAACAACUUCAUGCAUAUGAGGUUGAGUAUCAUGUAAUUAAUGAUGAGAUGCUUGAAGCCUCCAGUUCUUGUGAUGAUAGUGAAGCUUUCCAAAAACUUGAAAAGGCCAACAGCCAGCUAAAGAAGCAGAAUAUGGAAUUGCUGGAAAACCUUCAGGAAGCUCAUAACAAGAUUCACAACUUGGAAACCAAUUUUGAAAACAUUUUAGCCAGAAAAAAUGAAAUGAGAAAUUUAAUCCGAUCUCUGGAGCAAGAAAAAGCAGCUUAUCAAAAAGCUUUUGAGCAAAUGAAGAAAUAUGUGCCGGCUAAUGUACUGAAUGACUAUGAACUUAUGCCUAGGGAUGCGAACUGUAGCCCAAAUAACAAAACAAAGUCAGGAAAUGCGCAAUAAGAACAAACAACUGCUGUUUUUAAGCUUCUUCUAAACCAAAAUAAAGAAGAUGCAGUUUGCAUUCUUUGUGGGAACAAAAGUCUUAAGUGCACGGUAAUCACCUACCAAUCACACUUCACUACAGAGCGCAUCCACAGAGACGUUUUAAUAUAAGGCAUUGUUGUGCUCGGUUGCGGCCAGAAAAUGUCCCCGAUAUGCAUAAGUCAGACAAAUAUUCAUUAGAAUACAAAAACUGAAAGGGAAAUCUAUUUUUGUUGUUUUUAUUAUGAUGUGAACAUUCACAGACAUGUAAAAUGUCAACAGAUUUUACCAAAACCAUAGCAAGAUGUCUGGAAACGUCUUUCAUGCUUCAUUUAUUCAUUAUUUGUUUUUUUUUUGUAGAUGAACUAUAUGAGUAGCAUAAUACUUGGGAAAAAAAAGAAGAAAAAAAAAAUGAAUGUAGUUUUCCAAAGAACAGCAUGUUUUAUACCUACAGUGUAAAUAUUUUGUCUGGUCUGUUUUGUUUUUUUUUGUCGGUCACUUAAUGACAAACAAAAAGAUGGUCAAAUACUUUGGUAAAAUCAUCACUACAUACGGUUAAAAGUCAGGAUAAAGGAUCAUCUGAAAUUUGCAGAUACCUCUGAUUUAAGGAUAGGAAUUACAUUUUCCUACUGAUAUAGGAGAAUAUAUGCAAAUGUAUUGAUCAUUGUGUUUAUGCUAAAUAUCAUAACAAAUAAUUGAGCUAUAUGAAAAUGAUUUGAAUUAAUUCAAUGUUUCUUAUAAUAUUUUAGAUUUUUGAUUUGUUAAGCACUGAGAAUAUGUUUGUUUCUUUAACUACUGUUUGUACAGAAAAGGUAUGUGUCAUGGUCUUCGUUGAUUAUAAAAACUCGUAAAUAAUAAGAAUCUUCAAGCAUUAUUCUGUCAAACCUGAUUUCUUAAGCAGUAUUUUUACUAAUUGGGUUAAAAAGAUACAUUAUUUUAUGACUUCUUCAUUUUAUCAAGUUAAAUUAAACUUUUAAUUUCAACAUAAGAUGAUAGUAUUGCAUUAUCCAUUUUGUCUGAAUAGAUGGCACUUGAAAUAUAUUCAAUCCUCUCUACGUGACACAUAUUGUAUGGUAUUUGUUGUAUAUAUUAGUUUAUGUUAUGUAAGGUCCCUCAUUUAAAUAAUGUAAGGGUUAUCCAGUUAGACAAAAAUGUCUAGAGCAAUUUGUAAUCAGUGUUUCAAAAUAAUUCAACUUGCUUUGGGGUGACAAGACCUUUGCAUUAAUAAAUAGCAUUGGCAUUUAAUAAAACUAUACUAUAUCUACAUGCCUUCCAGAAGUCCUGUAAAGUGCAGGAUUGUCCUAAUUUUGAGACUGAAAUACUUUAUGCCCCAUUUUUUUAUUAAAUAAAAAAACAAAACAACAAAUCAGUUGAUACCCACUGGAAUUAAUAGGACAUGCUUUUUGCCCUCUCCGGUCUCCAACAGAUAUGAGCCCAACGUAUGUGUAAUACUCACCAGCCAUAUUGCAUAAUAAAAAAAGUGCAUGUAUUUAAUUCCAACAUGUGUAAAAAGUGCAAGUCACUCACGGACUGUAUUGAGAUGUCAGUGACUUCCAUAAAAUACAUGGGCCAUCCUUAGCUAUGUUAUGUUCAUAAAAAUAUGGGCAUUGUCCCUAUCCAUUCCCUUUCUUAAUAAGGUUUUCCUGUUUGAGCCUUAAUAAUUUUAGGGGUGACUAAUCCAUUCUGCUGUAACUUAUAAUGCUAGCUGCCAUUCUGAUCAACAAACGUGAAUACAGAAUUAUUUGAUAAUUUGUUUUAUAUUAAAUUCCAACAAACUGUAGCCUUGUACAUAAUAAGAAUGUAUUGUCCUUAUUAUAGAUAACCCCAUUUCCUCUUUCAGAUUGAAAUGCAUAUUGCACGAUCCUUUUUAUUUGUAGUACUGUUGAAAUUAAACCAGCAAUCAAUCCAGUUAAA